AAGAAUGGCAACACUGGUGGACGCGCUGUUUUCCGUUAUAAUACCUAAGUUAUUUAAAUUAAAUUAGUAAUAGUACUUUUAAUUGUGUGAAUGGAGCAUGGCAGCGUGGCUGCCGGACUGCAAAAUAACGCUCAGUUUCCGCGACCGCAGUACAGAGCCAGCCUGCCCCACCACGGGUGGCCCGGAGUCUCCGGUGGGUCGCAGGCACUCCGAGAGCUACGACUCGGACUCAACAUGGUGCGCGGAAGCGGAGGAAUCCGUUGGCGUGCCUCCGGUCGAGAGCGGCUUCUCGGAGCAGAGCGGAAACAGUGCAGACAUCGAUGCGUUCACCACGUCGAUGGACCAUCUCAGUGUGGGCAACCAAGACCUCGAGGGUGCGUCGCAAGCGAACCUGGCCACGCAGGACUCCGAGUCGACCGCGGACACAGCACCGACUCGGAGUGGCCUCUCGGCGCUCGGCACGGUUGCCCGCGGAACGGUGUCGUCGGCCGACCCCGACGUCAACGGGCUGCCGGAAGCGAACCUCGUCACCCAGGACUCUGAGGCGCUGAUGGAUUGUGUGCUCGGGGGAGAUCUUGGGCUGUCGAUGCACUCACAGGAAGAGUCUCCCGUUGUGGGCGCGGGGAAUGACCCGACUGCUGGGAGUGCAGGCGUCGCCGAGAGCCAUCGCGGGCAGCGAGACGUCAGCAAUGCCAAGUAUUCACUUCGCAGCAGAGGCAAGGCGACAGCUUGCUCGGGGAAGAGACGUGUAAGAUUUGUAGAAGGUUUGGAUGCAGGAACCUGGGAUUUGCUGCUGCGGGGAAAUAACAGAAAACAUGUGAAACAACGCAAGCUGAAAAAGACGAAAGCACUCGUUUCCGACCAGAGCAGGGGAGGACGUCACGACGGCUGCCUGCCGGACUGCAGCAUGGUGACCGCGGACGAGACUUUGGCCGACAUCGACGAGGAGGUGACGCUGUGGCUCAGGAGGCUUGCCCCGCCCCUGAGCGCCCGCCGCAUCAGGAAGCUCCUGAGGACCGUCGACACCAUCCGCGGCUACCUCGUCUCCGAGCCGCCGUGCUCCCGCGUCUGCCCGUACAAGUUGGGCGGCCGGCACAGGCGUGCCCUCCUGGAGCUGACAGAGUCGCUGAGCUACAAGCUGUCGCACACCCUGGAGACAAGCCAGCAGGCAGCCUCAUAUCAUUAUCAUCAAGAAAUUGUUUCGACUUCUUCGACUGAGUCCUUACAUAAAGUCAUGACUUAUCCAGAAGAUUCUGCUCGUACACAGUUAAUGCCAGAAGAAAGAGAACAACUCCAGCAUUUUCAGUCUACAUCUGCAAAGCAUGAACAUAUCCAACAAGAUCACUUAGCAUUGCCGAAUUGUAAACAACUACAUGUUCAGGCCACAUCUGCACACCAUGAACAUAUUCAGCAAGAUCAGUUAAUGUCACCAAAAUAUAAACAACUACAACAUGUCCAGUCCAUUUCUGCACAACAUGAACAAGUCCCGCCAGUUAGGUUAAUAUCAGCACAGCAUGAACAGCUCAAGGACGUUCAAUCCAUGCCAGUAGAUGGGCAACAAAAUGAUCAGUCCACUUCUGCACAACAUGAAAAUUUCCAUCAAGAUCAGUUAACACCAGCAAAAUGUAAACAACUACAACAUGUUCAGUCCACUUCUGCACAACACGAACAAGUCAAGCCAGUUAGGUUAAUAUCAGAACAGCAUGAACAACUCAUGGACGUUCAGUCCAUGCCAGUAGGUGGAGAUCAAAAUAUUCAAUCUACAGCAGCACAUGAACAAAUCCAGCAUGUACAGUCCUCAUUGGCCCAGCAUGAACAAUGCCAGCAAGUGCCAUUAAUGUCAACAGAACACUUAAAAAUUCCGCAAGUUAUGUCUAAAUCAAUGCGUAAACAACUCCAAAAUGUUCUAUCUACAGCCACACAACAUGAACAUAUCCAGCAAGAUAAGUUAAUGUCAUCAAAAUAUAAACAACUACAGGUUCAGUCCACUUCUGCACAACAUGAACAUUUCCAUCAAGAUCAAUUAACACCCGCAAAAUAUAAACAACUACAACAUGUUCAGUCCACUUCUGCACAACACGAACAAGUCCAGCCAGUUAAGUUAAUAUUAGAACAGCAUGAACAACUCAUGGAUGUUCAGUCCAUGCCAGUAGGUGGAGAUCAAAAUGUUCAAUCUACAGCAGCACAUGAACAAAUCCAGCAUGUACAGUCUUCAUUGGCCCAGCAUGAACAAUGCCAGCAAGUGCCAUUAAUGUCAAUAGAACACUUAAAAAUUCCGCAAGUUAUGUCUAAAUCAAUGCGUGAACAACUGAAAAAUGUUCUAUCUACAGCCACACAACAUGAACAUAUCCAGCAAGAUAAGUUAAUGUCAUCAAAAUAUAAACAACUACAACAUGUUCAGUCCACUUCUGCAAAACACGAACAAGUCCAGCCAAUAUCAGAACAGCAUGAACAACUCAUGGACGUUCAGUCCAUGCCAGUAGGUGGAGAUCAAAAUGUUCAAUCUACAGCAGCACAUGAACAAAUCCAGCAUGUACAGUCCUCAUUGGCCCAGCAUGAACAAUGCCAGCAAGUGCCAUUAAUGUCAACUGAACACUUAAAAAUUCCGCAAGUUAUGUCUAAAUCAAUGCGUAAACAACUCCAAAAUGUUCUAUCUACAGCCACACAACAUGAACAUAUCCAGAAAGAUAAGUUAAUGUCAUCAAAAUAUAAACAACUACAUGUUCAGUCCUCUUCUGCACAACAUGAACAUUUCCAUCAAGAUCAAUUAACACCCGCAAAAUAUAAACAACUACAACAUGUUCAGUCCACUUCUGCACAACACGAACAAGUCCAGUCAGUUAGGUUAAUAUCAGAACAGCAUGAACAACUCAUGGACGUUCAGUCCAUGCCAGUAGUUGGAGAUCAAAAUGUUCAAUCUACAGCAGCACAUGAACAAAUCCAGCAUGUACAGUCCUCAUUGGCCCAGCAUGAACAAUGCCAGCAAGUGCCAUUAAUGUCAACAGAACAUAAAAAACUUCAGCAAGUUAUGUCUAAAUCAGUGUGUAAACAACUGAAAAAUGUUCUAUCUACAGCCACACAUCAUGAACAUAUCCAGCAAGAUAAGGUAAUGUCACCAAAAUAUAAACAACUACAACAUGUUCAGUCCACUUCUGCACAACAUGAACAAUUUGAGCCAGUUAGGUUAAUAUCAGCACAGCAUGAACAGCUCAAGGACACUCAGUCCAUUCCAGUAAGUGUACAUCAAAAUGUUCAGUCUACAGCAACACAAGAUCAAAUCCAGCAUAUACAGUCCUCAUCAGCACAUGAACAACUUCAGAGAUGCAACUUUAUUUCAAGACAAUGUAAACAACUCCAGCAUAUUAAAUCCAAAUCAACACAUGAAAAUCCUCAGUACACACCAGCAUAUGAUCAAGUCCAGCAUGCUCAGUCUACAUUGGUGCAACAUGAACAAAAGAAUGUUCACUUUAUGUCAGCACAGCAUAAAAAUCUCCAGCAUAUGCAAUCCACAUCAUCAUGUGAACAACUCCGGCACAUUCAUGCUACUUCAGCAUGUACAGUCCAGCAUGAACAGUCCACUUCUACACAACAUGAAAAUCUCCAGCAUGUGCAGCCAGCUACUUCAAAAAACCAUGAAAAAUUCCAGAAUUUACAAUCUACAUUGGUACAGCAUGAACAACAUCAGCAUGCUCAAUGCACAUUAAAACAAUACCAACAACUCCAGCAUGAACAGUCUGUAUUAUCACAACAUAAACAACCCCAACCCAUUCAGUCCAUUCCAGUGCGUGAGCAGUUCCGUCAUGUGCCCGAACAUCUCCAAGACAAACAGCCUAGAUCCGUGCAUUGUGAACAGUUCGAGAGUGCGCACCAAAGCGCUCAGUCAAUGCUGGAAAAGUGUGGAAAUGCUGGGUAUGCACUUCAUCUGCCAGCUGGUCACCAGGCGGCAGCGGCUGAGCUGCCGAAAAAGAAAAAGCAGAGAGCUCGCAGUCAGAAGUCGGUAUUAGCUGAUCAUGCCAGCUCGUCCCUUUGUAAAAAGGCUAAAGUCUCGAACACAGACGAGGGAGCAGAUACCCUGAGGUGCAAGUACCGCAAAACUGCGAAGAGCCGAGACGUGAGUGUGGACGGCGGGGCGUGCUCGCAGAGUGUCCUGGACUACAGGAGCACGGGCGACGGGCGAGAGCACGGCAGCACGGCCGAGCCCGGCGGAGGGAUGGAGCAGACGGGCAAGGGCGAUGGUGUUCCUGGGUUCGUCCGCCUGCCCGAAGGCUCCCACGAACUGUUUGCGUGGGCCUCCCAGGUAAGUAGACACUACAUCCACACACUCGUCACACGCCCUGACUAGGGUCGCCACCUCGCCCCCCCACUAUUUUCAUCAGUUUUACCCCAGUAAGUGAUCACCAACAAAUAUACUAUUAUUUAUGGAC